AUGACACCUGUCCCGCGCGUCGUGCUGACGACCGACUGCGACAGCCUGACCUCGCUCUCCUCGCAGGAUGCCAGCCACAAGACGGGCCUGGAGAUCACUGCCCUCCAUGUCAACCACGACCGCACCCAUGCCAUCCUCGCCGGCCGCGACAUCCUCAAGACCCUCCGCAUCGACGGCACCAAAUGCGCCGAGGAGACCAACCUGCGCGCCGCCAUCAUCAACUAUGCCUCGCACCACUCGGCCACCGGCGCCCACACCCCCACCCGCCACCGCGACACGCUGGAGAUUCACGACGUGAAAUGGUCCCAUGGCAACUACAGCUCCCACAUCGCCACGGCCGCCACAAACGGCAAGGUGGUCCUGUACGAUCUCAAUCGCACGGGCGUAGAGCUGGCCCAGCUGCAUGAGCAUCACCGCCAGGUUCACAAGCUGGCCUUCAACCCGCACCAAGGCUACCUGCUUCUUUCGGCCAGCCGUGACGCCACCGUCCGCCUCUGGGAUCUGCGUGACAUGAAAAAGGACAUCAUGUCCUGCCCCAGCCGGGACAAAUACUCCGGUCUGAGCGAAGGUAUCCGGGAUGUCAAAUGGUCCCCCACAGACGGCGUCGAGUUUGCUUUUGGCACCGAGAACGGCGUCAUUCAGCGGUGGGAUUACCGCAUGAACCGGGCGCCGAAGCUCAAGAUCAACGCCCAUGACAAGACGUGCUACGCUAUUGAUUGGCAUCCCGAUGGCAAACAUCUGGCCAGCGCCAGCGCGGACAAAUCCGUGAGAAUCUGGGACUUUUCGUCUGAAAUUCGCAGGCAGAAGCCAGCAUGGGUCAUACGCACCCCUUUCCCUGUCUUCAACGCUAGCUGGAGGCCGCCUUUCUGGUCCGCUGAAUCUAAUGAGCAGGGAGUGUGGCAAUGCACGCAUCUGGCAACCUCAUAUGACCGUGAUCAUCCGCUCGUCCACGUAUGGGACUUCAGGCGGCCUUCUUUGCCCUUCAGGGAGAUUUCUCUCUACAACACGGCGCCUACAGACCUGCUCUGGCGCUCGCGUGACCUGCUUUGGACCGUGGGUCGCGAGGGCGUUUUCACGCAGUCAGACGUGCAUUUCGCGCCAAAGAUCGUGGACAGACGGAACAUGUCUGCUUUUGCGGUGUCUUCAAGCGGAGAAUUGAGUGCCUUUUCGCAGAAAAGGUACAGUCGCAGGACCUCGGGCGUGGAGUACGGUUCCAACGGGACCUACACCACUGGUGGGCGCGGUAAAAUGGGGGCUUCUGAGAAGAACAGCCUUCCGCGCAGCUCUGCAGAUGACAGCAUCGAUGACAGUUUCCUCAGUUCAUCUUUCAAGCGGCACCAUGGCCGAACGGCCAGCAACCGUUCCACAAAAUCAAUCAGCAGCACCCCGCCAACGUCGGACCACGCAGCAAAGAUGAUGUUCUUGAGUGAUUCUUUGGCUAAUCAAAAACAUUCCUUCACGCCAAACCAGGUGGCUCUCAGAGGUGGUGUGCCUGGAUCUCUGAACACUGCGCUCUUUACUUUCCUCGCGCAAAAGUACAAGUGGAUGGCGCUGGACGAUCCUCCCACCGUCCAGUCGUUCCAGGAACUCCAGAGAGCAUUCGACGCCAAUGCGGAGUAUGCCCAGAAAGCUGGCAACCAUCGAUUGGCAAACUCGUGGAAGGUGGUCGGUCAAACCGUGUCAGAUGCAGUGCAACGACGGGCCCUAGCCAAUAGGAAGCGGCGCUUGGAGCAGAACCCCGCUAGUCCGACGAAGCCAUUGCAGCUUGCAGAGAAGAAUAUGCUGAUGGAGAAAAGAGAAAAAGAUCACGAGCAGCUGGGGCUACCCAAUCCUGCAGUGCGGGCCAUUCAUGGAGCCGACGGACAUGAAAGUGCGCACAUGCCCGAUAGCACAUCGAAUGUCGCUACACCGAUUGCGAGGCCAAUAAAUCAGGCUCAAGCACCAGUCCACGUCGGCCAUGCACCGCUUCCAGACCCAGACCACGACGAAGCCCUUGCCCUGCCGCCGGCAGCUGUAGGUGCACAAUCACACGCUAACAAUAAAGCCCUGCCGCUGGCGGACCCGGGGCCACGGGCAAGGCGGCCUACUAUCUCGAGCCAAUCAUGGCACUAUUCGGCGAGCGAUCUGGAAGACCGUCGAGCCAUGGUCAGCAGCUAUCGAGCGCCGCCUCGCAUACCGUUGAGCCUGGAGCCGUUUGACGGGUCUGGCAUUGCUGCCACGCGGCCCAAUUUUGACCGGCAUAAUUCUCAGGAAAGCUUCGCCAUGUUUUCCGCGUCGACGGAUUCGCACGGACUAUCGGUUCCAGGCUCUUUCGCUAGCGGCAGAUCCCCGUCGCACGCGCAGAAUGCGGAGUCCUUGCAGGAGGGCUGGGAGGUGGGGGGUAGCGUGCCAGACGUCUCGAGCUUUGGCGGCCCCGGCAGGCCACCGGGCGCUAACAUGGGUUCGCUGGGCGGAACCGCUGCUGACUUGCAUAAGGGGGGCCCGCCUCGCAUCAACUUUGAUGAUUCGAUGCCAGACGCCGGAAUUGCCAACGAACACACGAACAGGUCGGGACUGAUACCGCAGCCGCCCGUCGCCAUUUCGGAUAUUGACAACUUCGGUUCGAGCUCUGAACAGAGCAGGGCUGCGCAUGAUAUUGAAACAUUGCGUAGACACAACCUGUUGUUACGCAACUCCAGCUCAGAGUCCGACGCGUACUCAAGCACGCAUGCAAGCACCCAAAACAGCUUUUCGGAGCUUUCCUUGAGUGACGCGACGAACUUGAGCAACCUGGACAUGAUGGAGGCGAGUGGUACCAUUGUACCCGACAGGCCUUCGGCCGUUGCUUCUCCUAGACACCCACCGCCAAUCUCCCUGCCUCACGAGGCUUUCAGUGCACCAGGAUACAUUGAAACGUCAGAGAUAGACAACGAGAAUCUCAUCGUGUCUGACUACGUUUUAAAACACGAGGAUGUGGACAGUGAAACUGACACUCCGAUUGUUCUCAUCGACAUGCUCCGUUGGCUUAUGGACUACCACACCAGAGUUCUUUCUGAUGCGCAAACAGUGGCGAACAUUGUGCUUCUCACGACUGAAUUUCUACCGCAUACACAUCCACUGCCGCAACCACUAACGACAUCAGUCCUGAAUGCCUAUGCAGAUCACAUGGCUACGAUUAACAUGACCCCGCCACAGAUUCGCGCGAUCCUGAACAGUCAUUUGAUACCAUUGACCCGUACGGGAAUCAACCCGUUCCAAGUAGAGUCUGUCCUGCUAGCCUAUCACAACCAGUUGCUCUCGCUAGGUUUGUUCAACACGGCAGCCUUCCUCCGCCGUGUCUCCUAUCCUAGUUAUCCAGCCGUGUACGAGCAGGCAUUGCAAGAGACGCAAAUUGGCUUUAGGUGUACGAAAUGCAAGAACCCCAUCAACAAUCCUGCCGACAAGAUGGUGUGCGAAAACUGCAAAGGCCGUCAAGCACCCUGUCCCAUUUGCUGGAGUGUAUAUCCGCCUCCAGAAAUGGCACCGACGUUGAAGAAGCGCAAGAGCAAGUCUCGAGUGCGUGGCCAUCAGCGAGGCGCCGCCGAACAGGGCCAAGGUAGCAUCAGCAUCCCGCGCUCAGCAACACUGCGCAGCGGCAACCGGGUCAAUGCCCAUAGCCACACGCCAUCUGACGUCUCCGUCUCCGCGCUUCAAGCGGGACCCAGCACAGUCGAAGUCACGAUCCCCCACGCGGCGGAGCCACGUCUCCGUCCCAGGGGGCGCUCGGCAGCCGGGCAUCCGGCGAUCGACGAGCCGCCCGCACACCCAACCCUCUACACCAGCUGCCCGAUCUGCGGCCAUUGCGCGCAUACGACAUGUCUCCGGGCAUGGCACGGCGACACGGGGCAGAACGGCGGCGUGUGCCCGGCCGAGGGGUGCACAUGUGACUGCGUGGCGGGGCCGCGGCGCGACGAGCGGCUCGAGCAGCUGCGGCGGGCGAAGGCGGAGCGCGAGAAGGGCCGCGUGCGCGACGACGGCCGCCGCGUCGGCGAGUCCCGCGCUGUGGCAGAGGCGUCGGCUCGGGCGCGCGCGCGCAUCGGGUUGGGCGGAGUUGGUGGUGUUGGUGGUGCUGGCGGGGGGCGCGCGAGCGGGGGCGGCGCGUUUGGAGCGGGGAGGGAGCGUGGGAGAGAGAGGGCCGAGACGGUGCAUGAGGGCGUGGUGGUGGGGAGGGGAGUCGGUCGGGAUGAGGGCCCAGGCGCUGGGGCUGGUGGGAGGAGAGUCCGGCUCGUGGAGCCGGGGCGGAGCACUUGA